AUGGAGCGAAUGGGAGGUUUUGGCUCCAUUAUUCAGCUGUACCCUGGAGAUGGACCUGUGCGGGCAGCAACAGCAUGCUUUGGGUUUCCUAAGUCUUUCCUUAAUGGUCUGUAUGAUUUCCCCCUCAACAAAGUAGAUAGUCUCCUAAAUGAAACAUUUUCUGCUGAAAUGUUGUCUUCUGAGCCAAAAGACAGAAGUUUGGUUGAAGAAAAUAAUGGUGCACUUGAGGAAAAACAGGCAUCUGAGCAAGCUAAUGAAGACUGCAGGGCAGGGGCUCCAGAUGGCAGUCACCCAGAAGAGCAAGACAAAAUGGAGAUUUCUCCAGAUCCAGAGUACAAGGAGCCUAAAGAGAGAGGAAACAAAACAGAUUAUAUUCAGGAAAAGCAAAAGAGACAAGAAGAGCAGAGGAAAAGACGUGUAGAGGCUGCUGCUCUGCUGAGUGAGAGAAAUGCAGAUGGUUUGUUUGUGGCCAGCUGUUUCCAUCCCACUCCAUUGCUGCUGUCUCUUCUAGACUUUGUGGCCCCAUCAAGGCUGUUUAUAGUCUACUGUCAGUAUAAAGAGCCUUUGUUAGAAUGCUACACAAAAUUGCAAGAGAAGGGUGGAGUCAUCAACCUCAGGCUGUCUGAAACCUGGCUCAGAAAUUACCAGGUUUUGCCAGAUCGAAGUCAUCCCAAAUUGCUGAUGAGUGGAGGUGGGGGGUACCUUCUGUCCAGCUUCACAGUUGUCUUGGACAACCUGAGAGAGACCCUAUCCUGA